CCUCCAUUCUGCCGACAGUGCUUUCCAGUGUAGCGCCGUUGAUUCUCUCAGCCGAAGGCUGUUAUCCCCGUCGUACUCGCCGCUCUCGCCGUCUCGCCGCUGCCUCGGCGUCUCAGAGAGAGAGAGAGAGAAAGAGAGAGAGAGGUUUCUUCUUCUUCUUCUUCAAUCCGUCCACUCUGCACAUUGGCAUAUGUACGGAUAGUUAAAGGGGGAGAGAGAGACAGAGAUGAUUAUGAAGCAGUCAAAGGAUCCAUUUGAAGUUGCAUUUGAGGAACAAAAGGAGGAAUCACCACCUGGUUCUCCCAUUACUGCCCCCGAUGGUCUUGAAACUCAAAUUAAUGUUCAAUCUGAAUCUGCAGCUGUGCAGUUCCCUGUUUAUGCUAGUGUUCAAGAAGAUGAUGACGACAUUGUUAAAAACACCAAUGCUGGCCCCUCAAAUAGGAAGCCUUUGAAAUACAGAGCUGGGGCUACUGCAGCUGCAGCAGUGACCGGUAAAAACAAAGAAGAAGAUGAGGAAGAAGAAGACAACAUGGAUGUUGACCUUGCGAAGCUUCCAUCUACCUCCGACCCUGAUAAAAUGUCUAAGAUGCAGGCCAUUUUAUCACGAUUCACAGGGGAGCAAAUGAGUAGGUAUGAAUCCUUCCGGAGAUCAGGAUUUCAGAAAGCAAACAUGAAAAGGUUGUUAUCAAGCAUUACUGGAAGUGCAAAAAUUUCUGUACCAAUGACAAUUGUGGUCUCAGGGAUAGCAAAAAUGUUUGUUGGUGAACUUGUUGAAACAGCCAGAAUUGUGAUGGCGGAGAGAAAGGAGAGUGGGCCUAUCAGGCCCUGCCAUGUUAGGGAAGCAUACAGAAGAUUAAAACUUGAAGGCAAGAUACCAAAAAGAUCUGUUCCAAGGCUCUUUAGGUAGACUGGCCUGGAGGCAAACUUAUCAAGAUCUUUCGCCAGAGAAAGUUCCAAGAAGAAGAUUCAAAACCAGUUUUGGUUGCAUGUUAAUUUAAGUCAUAGCCUGGCAUGACCCUCUCUCAUUGGUGCUUAUGUUGGUGCUCUCUGCAUUGUAUAUAAAGUAUCGUUGACAGGCGCGUGGGUUUGCCUUUUGAAUCCUAUAAAGUAUAUUUCCUCUUUUUCGCU